UUUCAGAACUUCAACCCGAGCAAUCCAUUCUGUCAAGGUGUACAGGGAAUCCUCCAGGCCUACUUCAACUCUCUAAAGAACGUCCAGUUGUACGGCCCGACGAACUUCGCCCCUGUCAUCAACCAUGUUGCCAGGUUCGCCACUGCGGUACAGGACGGCUCUAACUAUUUUGUGCUACUCAUCAUCACGGAUGGCGUAAUCACAGACAUGCCCCAAACCAUGCAGGCGAUAAUCAGUGCGUCUGGGUUACCUAUGUCGAUCAUCAUUGUUGGAGUAGGAGAUGCAGACUUUGAAG